CUUGAGAAUAUAUUUUCCAUUCGGCGCUUUGUACUCCGCCAUAUUUGGCCGAGACCGGCGCUACGGAGGACUACUUCAGCGGUACCAUGGGACAACACCAGAUCCAGUGGGACGAAGAGAACUGUAAUUCGCACGCAUGUACAGUAUAUUGGUGGCUCUGCGAGAGAAGCGCGUGUAUUACACUGAUUAGGUAAGCCUUGCAAGGGAGUUUCAUGUUCUAUACCGAGCUUAUCUACUCCAUCACCAUUCUGUGGUCAUGCCCGCCCUCAGCCCCGUCACUGAUCUCCGCAUCGAGUGAUGACUAUGCCUCGGCGGCGUCUCAAAAGUGAAGACCUAGGCAGUCCCUGGGCAUGGAGGGGCUGUCUUCCUCCUUUAUAAAGUUAAGUUCCAAGUCUCCGUCGAUGGUGGCUGAGUGUACCUACAUACUGCACCCGAUUACUCUACACACAUCAGAUCUCCAUACUAAAUAAAAUAUAUCUGGCACACACUCUAAGACUACCUACCUAACCUGGUACUCACCAGCAUGACGAACGUCUUCGAAAAGCAUCGCGACAAGCUCGCCGGAGUAUGGACCCUAAUCUCCUGGGAAAUGUACGACUCGGAAGGACCUGAGGGCAAGCUCGUCUCCCGUCCACACGGCGACAAACCCCUAGGCAAAGUGGUCAUUUCCCAAUCAGGGUAUCUAUCCGCCAUUCUCGUUACGCCAUCAUGCUUAACGCCGCCACUGCCAUCCGAUGACUGGAGCCAGGCUUCGAACGAGGAUGUAUUGCGGAUUGGGCGGAAUUUGACCACAUAUGCCGGGCCGAUGGAAGUUCACGAAAGGGACAACAACUCAGGAGAAUUGCUCUGGCAUACGACUGUCGAGAUUGCCCACAAUCCAAACUGGAUUGGCAAGCACCAGACCAGGUUGGCACGGUAUAGCGAGGAGGGUGGUGUCUUGUACAUGACGCUUCGGCCUGUUAAGCCGUAUGUCCACAAGGAUGGAACCAAGACGUGGGGAGUGCUCAAAUGGAAGAAAGUUGGGCCGUAGGGUCAAACUAGUGGUUAUUACCAGGGUGGGUGAUGAUGAUGAUAUUCCAGGAAUCCUCCCUGCACGGGGUGGAUAGACGAGAUGUUUCGAAAGCAUCUGGAAUGACUGUAUGUAUAGCUGGCGAGAUGGAUGGCGAUCAAACAAAUAUGCUUCA